CAAAGGGUUACUAAGAAGUGGCAACUCUAACUUGGUCGGUACUUUCGAAGGUCACGAAGAUGUCCGAUCAAGCGUUGACUCGUUCUGGAGUCCCAUUUACUAAUACAGUACAUGAAGAUCCUUUGGUGUAUGAAAUUAAUCAUUCUAAAGAAAUUAUUCCGUGCAUCUCUCAGCUCUAUCGAAAUGAAGCAUUUAGUGAUGUUAUUCUAGUUGUUCAAAAUACUCGUUUCCCUGCUCACAGAGCUAUAUUGGCAGCUCGCUCUGAGUACUUUAGAGCAUUGUUCUAUGGAGGACUUGCCGAGUCGUCUUCACCUGUGGUCUAUCUAAACGAUAUAAACGUGGUUGCCUUCAAAAACAUCCUACAGUACAUUUAUACCGGUCAGAUGAAAUUAACAAAACCUAAGCUUACCCUUAGUAUCCUGUGUCUCGCUCAUCAAUAUAAUUUUCGUAGCUUGGAAACUGUUAUAUCUACCUACUUAACACAUUCUCUUUCUGUGAAGAAUGUAUGGUGUAUCUAUGAUAUGGCUGUAAUGUAUAACCUGGAUGAUCUCAUAACGGCUUGCCUACGGUUUUUAGACUGCCUUGCACCUGCUCCUUUAUACAAUCCACGAUUCCUUAGGCUAUCACAGUCAUCUGUCGAACGUUUACUAUCUCGUGAUAGUUUCUGUGCAUCUGAAAUUGAAAUAUUUCGUGCUGUAUGUUCAUGGUUACAAAAUUCUAAAGAAUCCAACUGUCGAACAUCGCAAACCUUACAUUUAUCAAAUACCCCUGUAAUAACUGCUGAUAAUAAUGGUAAUAACGAUAGUAAUAAUAUGGCUGAACAAACUAGUUUAUCAACUGAAAAGAAAGAACCAAACAUCAGUUGCUUAGCUGAAGACAAUACCAAAACAAUAUCAUCGUUGAGUUCGCCAUCGCACAUGGAAAAAUCACCAUCGAUUACAGAUGCUGAAAACGACGAACAGUCAUCAGCAAACGAUUGUAUGACUACUACUUCAGAGAAGUCUCGUUGUACUCAUAUGAUGCAUCAAUGUGUUCGUUUCGAGUUGAUGUCACUUACUGAAUUAUUAACUGAGGUACGUUCAUCAAAACUUGUUAGCUCAGAAGAACUAUUGGAUGCAAUUAACCGACAAACUAAUUGUCCUACUGAAAUGCCUCAUCGUGGAUGGCUAUUACCAGGUGUUAACUUAGCAUCUCCUCGUUUCGGUUGUUCAUUAAUUGCUGGUGAAAAUGGAACAUAUCCACAUUUUUUUGUUGAACAUUCUCUUGAUUCGGAUGAAUUGAAUGUAAAUAAAUUGGAUAUUGAAUCUUUGAAGAUAAGUGAGGAUGUUAGUUCCAAUAUAGACUAUUCCGAGAGAAAUGUUAUUCCCGGUGAUGCUAACGAUGACAGUGACAUUAUUGAAGAUGAUGAUACAGACGAAGAACAGGACGAGAUUCACUGUAGAUCUCAUCAUUUCCAACAACAAAAUAAUGAUCAAACUCAGACACCAACUAUGGACAUGAUGUCUGAUAUCUCAGGUCAUUUACUCAGUCGUCAUCAUGAUCAUGUUCAAUUACCUCGAAGUUCUUUACCAGAAAGCGUAGUUUGGGGCAUAAAUCAUACAGUUAACAAUAAUUCUUGGAGUUCUUUACAUUAUCCAGAUAAUAAUCAAGUUUGGUCAUCUAAUGCUCAAGAUCACAUUCAACAUAAUGGUUUAAAUGUUACUCCAUUUGACGGAACUAGCAUUUUAAAUACUUCAACAACGCCACGUACUACUAAUUGUGUGAAUGAUAAUAAACCAGCCCGUUGGAUUCAACCAUCUACAAGACGACGUGUUAGUCAGCAUAAACCACCACCACCGCAUUCAGAAUAUGAUGUAGUGCGUCAUUCGUUGAAUGAUCCGAAUGCUAAUAUUAUCAUUCGUUUGGGUAAACCUAGUAUUGUGAAUACUAUACGCAUGCAAUUAUGGAAUCAGGAUUUACGUUCUUAUUCAUAUAUUAUUGAUGUAUCAUUAGAUCAAUCCACUUGGCAUCGUAUUGUUGAUUAUCAAAAUUAUAUGUGUCGUUCAUGGCAAACAUUAUAUUUCCCAUCACGUGUUAUUCAUUUUAUUCGUAUUACAGGGACAAGAAAUACAUUUAAUCGAACAUUUCAUUUAAUUACAUUUAGAUGUUUUUAUAGCGAGAAAGUAUUUCAACAAAUAGAUGGAUUUAUGGUUCCUACAUUUAAUGUUGCAAAUGUCGAUCAUGGUGCUACUGUUCUAGAAGGUGUCAGCCGAAACAGGAAUGCACUAAUUGACGGUAAUAUUCGAAUGUACGAUUGGAAUUCUGGUUAUACAUGUCAUCAAUUAGGCAAUGGUGCUAUAGUAGUUCAAUUAGCUCAGCCAUUCUUAUUACGUUCAAUGAGAUUUUUGCUAUGGGAUUUAGAUUCACGUACAUAUUCUUAUUCUGUGUAUAUAUCAAAUGACCGUGUCGAUUGGAAACUUAUACGUGAUGCUUCUACAGAGCCAUGUCGUUCUUGGCAGAUAAUUAAAUUCCCGUUGCAGUUAGUAACAUUCAUUCGUGUUGUUGGCUCAUACAACACAGCUAAUGAUGUGUUUCAUUUGGUCCACUUAGAAUGUCCCUAUCCUCCAGCACAGACAACAGAGGAUAUUGUUGAGGCAAAUUUUGUAAAAAUAUCAAAUCCACCACCCAUGAAUACAACAAUAGAUCGUAGUAAUAAUCAAGAAAUUGUAACACAUUCAACUCCUACAACAGUAGUAGUAGUAGUAACUCAACCUAAUAGUACAAAUGAUAGUAGUAAUCAUAUGAAUGAAUCUCAUUCAAUCAUAAAUUCAAAUGAUUCAUCAAUUAUUAAUACUAUAACAUCAUCAGAGCAUUUAUUACUUAAUUCUUCUGGUAAUAUUAGACCUAUAUCAAAUAUUCCUAAUACUUCGAAUGAUCAAUUAAAUGAUGAAACUAUAUCAUUAAAUAAUAAUAAUAAUAAUGAUCGAUCAUUACUUUCAACCAAUAUGACCAUUAUUCAUACAGAUUAUGAUCUAUUACCCGAUCUAUCACAUCAUUCAUUUCAUCCUACAUGAAUAAGAUGUUCGUCGUUUACAUUCAUUGAUAGUUAUUCAUUUCUAUUUGAAACUAUUAUACACCCCUAAUCAUACCAUGACAUGAGAAUAUGUAUGUAGAUUAUAUUGUUAUAUAUCAUUUCUUAUAUGGUUAGUUUUUCUAUAUACACUCAAUUCAUCUUAACAUAAAUCUAUAUUUUACUGUGAUCUUGUUCUGGGUUUUUUUUUCAUUUAUUUCAUACUCAAAAUAACAUUUGAGUAUUUUUCUCAUUUCAAUAAGAAAAGAUUUAACCUUUAUUUAUUUUACCUUAGAUAUAUGACUGUUAUCAUUUAUAUUAUUCAUUAUGUAACCCUUCAUAUACAUGUCAUAUUCCCAUUGUUGAUUGGAUUUUUGUUUUAUUCUCAUAUUAAACUGUUAUCCUGUGCUUCCAGGUUUUCCAUAGUGGUCUAACUUCAAUGGACUUAUGAUCGGAACUAUUGAAAUUACUAUAAUAUCCGCAC